UGCGUGCAGGUGAACUCACCUGGAGCAGACGUGGAGCCUCCCUUGCUCCUUCCCCUUGCUCACGGGGAGCAUCCAGAGCCCUGCAAGGCAGAAACGGAAGCUCCUGCUCCAUAUCCGGAGCAACAUGGGCCAGCUCUGCAGCCAGAGCCAGCACCAGAGAAAGAGCCUCCUCUGGAGACAGGAGAGAAGCAGAAGCCAGCUCCACAGCACUCCUGUGUGUCUCCUGUGGCUGAGAAGGGCGGAUCCCUGCAGAAGGUGCUCUUGGCCUUCUCUCCCAAGCUGCUGGCAGAACAGCUGACCUUGAUGGACGCGGAGCUGUUCAAGAAAGUGGUGCCCUGGGACUGCCUGGGCUCCGUCUGGACCCACAGAAACAAAACGGGCAAUGAACAUCUGGUGCCCACCGUUCGGGCCACCGUCACACAUUUCAAUCUCGUGGCCGAAUGUGUGAUCACCUCCUGCCUCGGGGACCCCAGCAUGAAGGCUAGAGACAGGGCCAGCAUGGUGGAGCACUGGAUCCAGGUGGCCAGGGAGUGCCUAAGGCUCAGGAACUUCUCCUCACUGCAUGCCAUCAUCUCUGCUCUGCGGAGCACACCGGUACAUCAGCUGAGCAGGACCUGGGGAGAAGUACCCAGGAAAAGCUUCCUAAAUUUCCAAGAGUUGUGUGCCAAGGACAGUGCAGAGAGCAGGAAUCUGCUCACAAAGGAGGGACUCUCCAAGAAGGCCACCCUGGAGAACAACCCCCACAGAGCACAGAUGGUGCAGCAGCAGAAGGGCAAGGGGAAUCUCGUCAACUUUGAGAAAAUUACAAAGGAAGCCAAAGUUCUCCAGGAGAUACAGCUGUUCCAGGUGGCAGCGAGUAAAUAUAAUUUUCAGCGUGAGGAGAAGGUUGAGGUCUGGUUCCACUCGAGGGAGUGGCUCAGUGAGAACGAAAGCUACAGCCUGUCCUGCCUUCUGGAGCCCCGACAGUGGCGGGACAACAGCACACUCAGGAACAGGAAGAUUUCAUCAUGA